UCACAUAAAAUAAAAAUAAAAAUUCAUGCAUAUAUGUUACGCGUCAGUAUCUUCGUUUUUCACUGUUCCAUGUUUUCUGGUCUCACAGCCCUUGUAAAACCUUGCAAUUUUAAUAGUUUUCUAAAUUGCUUAAAUUAAGGAAUUUUGUGUCAUAUUUCUCUCUACGCCCCAACUUCUCUAAUUUAUAGCUAGCUAGCGGUGAUCUGUGUAUAUAUUCACAUAAAUAUGAGUCAAAUUUAAAACAUUAAAAAUUCAUUCAACUUUUUUCUGUUAUAUCUUUUAUGUCAAACAAAGAAAAUAUAUUGUAAUUAUUAUAUUACAAUUUCCCUGGGCAACCACACGUUAAUCUAAUAUAUAUAUAUGCAUGGCUAAAUAUUCAACUUAUAAUUGGUUUCCUCAACAUGAAGCUCUCUAGCUACAUCUAUAAAUAAAGUGGUCAUCCAGUUUUAAGUAGAGAAGAGAAAUUUUAAGAAAUUAAACUAGAAGAAAUGGGUUUGAUCAAAGAAUUUUUGGCAAUGGUUUCGUUUGUGUGGGUCUUUGGUUGCUCUUGUGCAAGUGGACUACUUGAACACCAAUUUUACAGGAAUAGUUGUGGUGCUGCAGAGAUGAUUGUGAAGGAGGAAGUGAAAACCAGUGUGCUCACUGAUCCUUCCACUGCUGCUGCUCUUCUCAGACUAGCUUUCCAUGAUUGCCAAGUUGAUGGUUGUGAUGCUUCGAUUCUUCUGGGGGAACCAAACAGCUUACCAAUGGAGUUAAAGUCUGAUAAGAACUUUGGAAUAAGAAAGAUGGGGAUCAUCGAUAUGAUAAAGACAUCCCUUGAGCAACACUGUCCUCAAACUGUUUCUUGUGCUGAUAUAAUUCAGCUGGCUGCUAGGGAGGCUAUCUAUCUGUCAGGAGGACCAUACAUACAGGUUUUGACUGGGAGAAGAGACUCUGUCUCUGCAAGUAAACAGAGAGCUGACAAACAGCUUCCAGCUUCUGACAUAUCCAUUGACGAGUUCAUCCGGAUUUUUGGCGAAAACAAUAUUAGUCUGGAAGAAGGAGUUGCACUCAUUGGAGCUCAUACUCUAGGGAGAACACACUGCAGGAACAUCAUCGAUAGGCUUCAGCCAAGAACUGAUCCCACAUUGUCACCUGUGUUCUCUUUGUUGCUGAAAACUGUCUGUAGCAAUCCUUAUUUAUCUGAUAUAACAUUCGCUCAAAACGAUGCCACUGUCUUUGUGUUUGACAACCGCUACUUCUUAGACAUACAAGAUGGAAGGGGACUGCUUAAGAUUGAUUCUGAGGUUGCUAGAGAUCCAAGGACACGCCCUUAUGUGGUCAUGUUUGGGAGGGACAUGAUGAGGUUUUUCGAUUUGUUCACAUCUGGGUUUCUGAGGCUAUCAAGCUCCAAAGUGUUGGUUGGAGAAGAGGGAGAGAUUAGGAAAGAUUGUAGGUUCAGGAACAAGUAAAUUGUAUAUGAUCCUUUCGCCUAUCAAUAAUAUAAUAUUAUGAGGAGCUAA